UAUAUAAGAGAGAGAAACCCAAAGAAAAUGAACCCAAACGGACGGUGCUGAUAAAUCUGUCUCUCAUCUCAGUCGUCUCCUUUCUCCUCCCUUCUCCAGCGUCCGAUCUUAAGCCAUCCCGUCCUCUCUCGCGCUCGAUCCCAAACUUAGGGUUUUGGCUCGGAUGGCCGAUGCUCCGACCAGUCCAAACGGAGGAGGCAGCCUCGAGAGCGGCGAGCAGAGCCCCCGCUCCAAUGUUCGCGAGCAGGACCGGUUCCUCCCUAUCGCCAAUAUUAGCCGGAUUAUGAAGAAGGCGCUCCCUGCUAACGGAAAGAUCGCCAAGGAUGCCAAGGAGACCGUGCAAGAGUGCGUCUCUGAGUUUAUCAGCUUUAUCACCAGCGAGGCCAGUGACAAGUGCCAGAGAGAGAAGCGGAAGACAAUUAAUGGGGACGAUUUGCUUUGGGCUAUGGCUACUUUAGGGUUUGAAGACUACAUCGAUCCGCUUAAGAUUUACCUGUCCAGAUACAGAGAGAUUGAGGGUGACACCAAGGGGGCAGCAAAGGGUGGAGAUGCACCUGCUAAGAAAGAUGUUCUAUUAAGUCCAAAUGUGCAGGUGGAAAUUGGUCGUCAAGGUUCUUUCUCUCAAGGCAUGAAUUACUCUAAUUCUCAGGUGGCCCAACAUCUGAUGGUUCCCAUGCAAGGCACUGAGCAGGCAUCUGGCUGAUCUUCGUCCAAUAUCAAUAUUUGGUAUCCUACUUUAGGAAUAUCUUGUUCAGUGCCACAUCAUUAUCAAAACAUUAUUCUUAUGUGUGUCACUGACAUUUUAGGGUUAUUCUGGAACUCGUCUCCAGGAGUAUGGCAGGUAACAUUGUAUAUUUACGUGUCUUAGAAUACAAUGAGUAUUUGAACA